GCACACUAUAUAAGAGGCAUCUCUAGGCUGGCUUUUGGUGAGCAAGACAGAGCCAAGAAAGAGGUGAAAGGAAGAAGGAGCAGCAGCAACCUCGAAGCUAGUCCAAACUAGUGGGAGGUUGUGUGCUGGAGGAAGAAGGCGACCAAGCUACCUGAAGGAACGUCCAUCCACAUGGCCAGAGGCAAGGUGCAGCUCCGGCGCAUCCAGAACCCGGUGCACCGCCAGGUGACCUUCUGCAAGCGCCGGGCGGGGCUGCUGAAGAAGGCGAGAGAGCUCUCCGUCCUCUGCGACGCACACAUCGGCAUCAUCAUCUUCUCCGCACACGGCAAGCUCUACGACCUCGCAACCACCGGAACUAUGGAAGAACUGAUCGAGAGGUACAAGACUGCAAGUAGUGACGGCCUGCAGGCUGAUGGCUACGGCGACCAGAGAAUGGACCCAAAACAGGAAACAAGGGUGCUGCAGCAAGAAAUCAAUCUGCUCCAGAAGGGCCUGAGGUACAUAUACGGGAACAGGGCAAAUGAGCACAUGACUGUUGAAGAACUGAAUGCCCUAGAGAGGUACUUAGAGAUAUGGAUGUACAACAUCCGCUCAGCAAAGAUGCAGAUGAUGAUUCAAGAGAUCCAAGCACUGAAAAGCAAGGCAUGUCAACAAAGAAAAGUUUUACUUAACUCUAUAAGCACCCAACGCAACAUUCCCAACGUACUAAAAGUAUCUCUGUAUAUGCAGGAAGGCAUGUUGAAAGCUUCAAACGAAAUUCUCCAGGAAAAGAUAGUAGAACAGAGUGGUUUGCUCGACGUAGGCAUGAUGGUAGCAGAUCAGCAGAAUGGGCAUUUUAGUACAGUCCCACUGAUAGAAGAGAUCACUAACCCACUGACUAUACUGAGUGGCUAUUCAGAGAUGGGCUAUUCCUUCUAACGGUAAUAACACCCUGGGGGGUUCUUCUGUUGAUUAUUAGCGUGUAAUACACCUAAUAAAGCUUGUGUUAUGGUUUGCUCUGCUACUUUGUCGUAUCUUAUAUAGACCAUAGUCCCUCAGGGGUCAGGAGUGCCUUGGUGUUGUAUUGUCUUGAGUUCUUGUGCUAUACUUUCCCUAAAGAACUCUUGAUGGGUUCAAUUGUUGUGUUAUCUGACUUAAUUAAGAUAUCUAUGUUUGUGUUUUGUUUUAA